CCGCCCCGCCCCACCUGGGCCGCCCCCGGCACCUGCGGCGGCUCCGGCCAUGGGCGCGCUGCGGGCGGCGCUGGCGCUGGCGGCGCUGCUGGGUGUCUCCUCGGCCGUGCUGGAGGUGCACGUGGGGACGGGCACGGUCUUCUCCGUGGAGGGGGAGCGAGCGGUGCUGCCUGCCUGGUACACCAGCCACUCCCAGAAGAAGCCCUACGUCACCUGGCUGCUGGAUAAGAAAGAUGCUGACCCCUUCCAGAUCAUGACCUACCUGGAUGGAGUGGUGAAGGUGGAGGAGACAGAGCUGAAGCCCCGCGUGGGUUUCCUGUACCCCAUCCUCACCCACAACAUCUCGGUGUUCAUUAACGCCACGCGGGAGCGUGACUCAGGCCAGUACAUGUGCACCGUCAACGUGGUGGACGACAUCACCAGUCCGGGCAAGAACGUCGGCGUCAUCAACCUCACCGUACUGGUGCCCCCGGCCACCCCCACCUGCCGGCUGCAGGGCAGCCCCACCGUGGGAGCCAACAUCACGCUGAGCUGCACCUCCAAGAAGGGAAAGCCCCUGCCCACGUACCAGUGGCAGCGCAUGCCACCCAACCUCGAGGUCUUCUUCCCUCCUGCCCAGGACCAUGCCCGAGGCACCCUCAAGCUGACCAACCUCUCCCUGGACAUGGCUGGGCUCUACAUCUGCGUGGCCGAAAACCAGGCGGGCUCGGCCGAGUGCAGCAUCGUCCUGGAGGUGCACUCAACCAGCACCAAGGCUGUCAUCGCUGGCGCUGUCCUGGGGUCCCUGGGUGCCCUCGUCACUGUCAUCUUCUUUGCCCGGCGCGUCAUCGGCUACCGGAGGAAGAAACGUGAUGGCCACGAGGAGGCAGCCAAUGAGAUCAAGGAAGAUGCUGUGGCCCCCAAAACACCGUCGUGGGCGAGGCGCCCUGCUGCGGACACCAUCUCCAAAACCAGCACCUUGUCCUCCCUUGCCGGUGCCCGGGAGAAGCCGUACGGGGCCAAGCCCCCCUCUGACACCGCCUCCAUCCUCACUGCCACCGGCAGCUACCGGGGCGCCCCUGCCCGGGGGGGCCCCCACACCCCCAGCCUCUCACCCCCCACCACCAAUGGGGCGCUCCGGCACCAGGACACGUCCCCGGCCCCUGUGCCCACCGCCAGCCUGGCACGUGCGGGUGCUGUCCCGGUCAUGGUGCCAGCGCAGAGCCGAGCAGGCUCGCUGGUGUGACCCCCAACUAACGGGGGGCCCAGAUCCAGCACCACCACCCCUCUCCCCAUUUUCUGGGGUUAUUUUUUACCUUUUUGGGUUUCUCUUUCUCUGUCAAAGAUGCCUCGAGCAGCGGGACUUGGCAGGGGCUGUUUAAUGGGUGCUGGGUUUGGGGGGACCAAGUUCCCUGUGCGUGGGGUCCCCCACGGGGCCACGUUUGUGUCGACCGCAGUGAAAACGGGGGUGAUUUGUCAUAAAAGAGCAUUAAAAGCAGGGAGGGCGACGGGGUGGAGAGGGGGCGGGGAUGCACUUUUUUUAGGGGUUUUCUGAUUAAAAGCUGCCGCGCUGUCUGGCGCCGCGCGUUCGGGGCACUUUGUGGGGUCCAGGGUGUCAUGGGCCCCGUGUCCCUCCGGGUGAUGUCACAGCGGCUGCGUGGUGUCACAGUGGCUGCGUGAUGGUAGCAUUGUGGCAUGUGGGUGUUGUCACAUGCCAAGACCCAUCACCGUGAUGUCACCCCCUGCCCCAGUCGCGCAUCGGGCAUUGUGAUGUCACAGCAUCUGCCCCACAUCUGUGUGACAUCACAGCGGCUGUCGCAUUGAUCGGUGAUGUUGUGCACGCCUGCAUGAUGCUGCACUUCCCAUCACACCAUCAGCAGUGAUGUCACACAUGCCUGGAUGACAUCACAGCCCUGCUCGAGUCUAACAGUGAUGUUCCACACACCCAUACGAUGUCACACCACCCGUCAUACAUCCAGCAGUGACAUCACGCCACCCGACUGCUGCAGAGCAUCCAUCAUGUGAACUGUCUCCCACCCUCGUGUCUUGCACGGUCACGGCAGCCAUCGCACAGCCUGCAGUGAUAUC